AUGGCGGCGCCGCCUCAGGCCGGUCCCGCAGCGCCCCCGGAGCCGCGCCCGAGGCCCUCGCGGCUGCCGGUGGGCCGGGGCCCAGGAGAAGCGGGCCCGUCCGAGGGGCCGCCCGCGGCGCCUCCCCAGCAGAAACGAUCGCGGACCGGGCUCGGGCCCGGAGCUGCCAAGGCCGCGCCCAAGGCCCCGCUCAGGGCCCCGCUGCGAACGCUGGGCGCCGCCGCGGGCAAGAACGAUGGCCCUCGCAAGGCGGCGUCGGUGGCAGCUGCUCCUCGGGCAGGCUCGGUGACGAGCACGAGCGCCAAGGGCGCCUCCAAGCGGCCGCCGUGGGACCUGCGGGGGCAGCUCGGGGACCUGCGGGAGGCGCUGGGCCAGGCCCAGGAGCGGCUGCAGGGGCUGGAGGGCGAGAAACGGGAGCUGGAGAGCGGCAACCGAGCGCUGAGAGAGCGGCUGGAGCGGCUGCAGAGGGAGCUGGGCGAGAGGGAGAGCGGGAGAGCAGCCUCUGCACCAGGGUCGGCUCCCUGGAGCUGGAGGUGUCCCAGUGCCGCGAGGAGCUGCAGCAGAGCCGCGACCGGCUGGAGGCCCUGGAGGCCGAGGAGCGGCGGCUGCAGGCGCAGGAGCAGCAGCGGCGGCAGGGCGCAGCUGCAGCAGACGCAGCAGCAGCUGCAGGAGCAGCUGGAGCAGGUGGCGGCGCUGCGCGAGCUCGAGGCCUCGCAGCGGGCGCUGCUAGCCGAGCACGAGGAGCGCAUCCACCUGCUGGAGAUGGAGCGGCGCCGCCUGCACAACGACAUCCAGGAGCUCCGGGGGAACAUCCGCGUGUUCUGCCGCGUGCGGCCGCUGCUGCCGGAGGAGCUGCAGCGCCAGCGGGGGCUGCCCCACCUGCACUUCCCCGCGGGGGACACGCGCAGCCUGGUGCUCACCCGGCCUGAUGAUUCUCAGGUGGGGCGCGAGCGGCGCGCGGAGCUGCGCUACGACUUCAGCUUCGACCGCGUCUUCCCGCCCGCCGCCUCCCAGCAGGACAUCUUCAAGGAGAUCCAGCUGCUGGUCCAGUCGGCGCUGGACGGGUACCCGGUGUGCAUCUUCGCCUACGGGCAGACGGGCAGCGGCAAAACCUUCACCAUGGAGGGCCCGGCGCCGCCCGGCCCCCCGGAAUCGCGGGGCAUGAUCCCGCGGGCCGUGCGCCACCUGUUCCGCGGCGCCCACGACCUGGCGGGCAAGGGCUGGCAGUACGGCUUCUCGGCCAGCUUCCUGGAGAUCUACAACGAGGGGCUGCGCGACCUGCUGCUGGCCAAGGGGGAGCGCGGCUCCGAGCUGGAGAUCCGCAGGCUGGCACCCGACAGCGACCAGCUGCACGUGCCCAACCUCACCUGGGUGCCCGUGGAGAGCGAGGAGCAGGUGCUGGAGCUGCUGGUCCGCGCGGGCUCGCAGCGCUCGGUGGCGCGCACGGGGCUCAAUGAGCGCUCGUCGCGCUCGCACUCGGUGUUCCAGCUGCGCAUCCAGGGCCACCACGCCGCCCGCGACCUGCGCUGCGCCUCCCGCGACCUGCGCUGCGCCUCCCAGGAGCUGCGCUGCGCCUCCCGGGACCUGCUGUGA